CCUCUUUUUAUCCAAUCCGAUUUCUGCGUUGUUACUUGAAGCUGUUGCAGUUUUCUUAAGUUCGUACCUUCAGCCUCUCGAUGAGGUUGGGCAUCUGCGAUCGAAGUUCCGUCACUCUCUUUGGCGUUGCAUAGUCGUCAAGUGACACAGUCUCCAUCUCGCCCGCAUGUCGGCGGCAAAAAUACUCAGCCAGUACCAACACGUACAUGCCACAGUCGUAGCCGUUCUGCUGCUGCGGGACGUCCUGCACUUCCUCUACGUGUCGAGAAGCUCCGUCUCCAUCGUAUCGCCCGGCAGCUUGCAGCAGAAGUUCAAAGGGUUCAGCUACGCGCCGUGCCGCAUGUUUGUUGUGACCUGAGCUCGAGUCAAAGUGUUGGAACAUUCCGUCGCGAUAGAGCAGCAGUGACCAAUGGCUACUGUCCCCGCCCAGCGAGUCGUUGUCGGUUACUGGAAUGAUGCAGAGCUGUCUGCUCGUUAAAUUGAGCCCCGAAGCCAGGUCCUGGUACUCGUCCUCAUCCUCGCACUGAUGCUGCAAACACGAGACCACGGCCGGAUCCAUGAGCAGCACGUCGCGUGAAGCCACCGUCUGCGUCAGAUACUGCAAGUAGAAGUUGACGGCAUUGUCGUUGAGCCACUGGCGUCCUGCGAACAGCGCCACAUCCGACUCGUACAGCUGCACGUCGUGAUAGUUUAGCACUUGCCGCGCCAUUGUUGAAAAAUGACAAUCAAAACGUUGGUUAUUUAGCAUCUAACGUGAAUAGCACGUUGUUUAAACUAAUUAGACGCUUUUAGUAUCUUCCGCCCCAUUUAGCAAAAAGCUUCCAAGAACGUCAUGGCGUCGUCGCUCUUCCCGCAGUUCGGCAACGUAUUCGCGCCAAGCACCGCCGGCCGUAACGAGCUGGUGUCGUUCAACGCCGGCAAGAUGACAGUCAAGCCUACUGCCAAUGGCAAAUUCCUCGUCACUCCUCAGCUGGAGAAGGGCAAAGUGUGUCUCUCGCGUGGAGACGACCAGUUGCUGCACUUCCAGUGGGUCGACCGCCAGACCGGCGCCAGUCCCGAGGACUUUAUCAUCUUCCCGGACGACGCGCACUUCGCCAAGGUGGACACAGGCCGCCCCGACGACCGCGUGUACAUUCUGCAGUACAAGAACUCGUCGCGUCGCUUCUUCUUCUGGAUGCAGGUAUAUUCACUCAUAGAUGCACUCACUCUCGACAACGAACCCUCUUAUCUAUUGUAUUUAACCUACAGAAUAAGGAUGCUUCGCGUGAUGAGGAACUCGUCAAGAAGGUGAACGACUGUAUGAACAACGCGCAAGCGACUUCGAGUAGCGACGGUAGCCGUGGAUCCGGCAACAACGUGCAGCUGGACCACAACGCCAUCAUGCAGAUGCUGGGCGCUAUGGGCGCAGGAGACCAGGGACGCGGCGGCGCUGGCGGUAGCGGCCAAGCCGUACAGAUGUCGGAGCUGCAGAACAUUCUACAAAACAUGGGACUGCCUGCGGGCGCUCAGUCGGCGGCCUCGUCGCCUGCCACGUCCGCCGUAUCGUCAUCUCAGGCGUCGCAGAGUGGCGGAGGGAGCUCAGCGGCUGCCACCACGGCGUCGACGCAACACGAGCACGAUGUGAGCGGCAUGGAAGUGGACGAGAUGGACGAGGACGAGCUGCUACGUCUGGCAAUCGAGGAAAGCAUGCGCGACGGAGGAAGCACCAACCCCAACGCCUCUGGAGGCAACGCUGCAGAUGCUGCAGCUUCAUCUAUUACACCGUCAGCUCCUGCACCAACACCGGCUGCCACCGUUCCAGCUCCCGCUGCACCUGCAUCUGCGUCUAUGACUCCUGCUGCUGGAACUCUCACUACUGCAGAUCUCCAGCGCGCAAUGGCUUCUUUCCAGCAGCUCGCCCAACCGAAGCCUGUGGCCCUGACUAAACUGCUCAGUGCCGACAAUUUGGGUUCUAUCCUCGACGACCCCGCGAGCGUUGAAGCUCUGCUCCAACAUCUGCCUGAAGGCUCUCAGACUCCAGCCGAGCUUCGAGCAACGCUGCGAUCGCCCCAGUUGCGUCAAAGCAUCGGAUCUUUAGUGAAUGCUCUGCAGACGGGCAACUUCAACGCCGUCAUGGCCAAUUUCGGUUUGGACCCUUCUGCAGGAGCCUCCAAGCUCGCAUUUGGAGACGGCGUGGGCGCACUUCUGGCCGCCAUCCAAGCGUGGGCAGACCAACAAGAUACCUCGAUGGAGGCAUCGACCGAUCAGAACAAGUAGUUGCCAUCGGUAUCGUUUUGAAGGAUCGAUUUAUCAAUGGCAGUAGACUGGUCUCUAAAAGACAAAUUCUUACCGUCCAACCAGGUGCGGUCGCGUUCCUAAUGUUCAACCGGGUGCUGUCGUCUUCUUGUUUGUAUCGCAGCAUCCAAUUCUUUUUCAGUCGCUAUUUAAUACUCCACAGGAAAUCUAUAA